AAAUUAAAAAUUAAAUGUUGUUGUUUUUCACCGGACGGAUCUUUUUUGGCCACUUUCGCUGUUGGUGACCACGUCAACAUUCAUAUUUGGAGCAUUGAACGUUGCACUAUUAUUAAAACUGUACCGAUGCAACUGAAGGAUGCAUUAGGAUGUUGGUGGUCAGAUGGUUUACUGUGGAUAUGGGAUGGUUCUGAUCAUCUUAUGAAGAUAUCAACUUCGUCUGAAAAUUUUGUAGCUUCUACUCAAGCAAAGCAUGUUAACAUUGGAUUUAAACCUGAAGAAUUCUUAACAUUUGGUGAUGUCUUAGUUUGUAUUGACGAAGAAAAGUUUGUUCAAGUUGUUAGAAUUACCAAGGGUGAGAUACAAUACAACAAAAGACUUCCUGUCGAUAGUUCAGAAAUUAAAGCAGCAGCUGUAUCACCUGAUAAUUCUGUUAUUUUAACUAUAAACGAAACAGAAUACACAUUAUGGAAAUGGGGAAAUAACAACAAUGAACUUUACUUGAAACCUUGGCAUACUGCAGAAAUACCCAUAACAGCUGUCAUUGAAAAAUUUGUUAAAGAACAAGAAGCUGUAAAUGAUCUAGAGUUCAACUGCUGUAUAAGUGAUAGUAAACAAGCAGUCAUAGCAUUUUGCAAAGACAUCAAUUUCAUGGUCAUUUAUGUAAUAAAUUUUCACGAGAAUGGUGAUGUGAAUGAGAUUUUGCAUGAUGUCAGUAAAUAUUUAUUGUCCUCCGACCUUAUCAUACACAAAUCUUAUUGCAUUGGAGUGUUUAAUUGGUCAUUGGUUGCUGUAGAUUUAAAGAGUGGUAAAAUAUGCGCUGAAUUUAACGAACGUUAUUCUAUGUCUCAUAUAACUAUGCAUUCCAAUACAGGAACUUUAGCUAUGGUUGACAGUUCAAAUGGCAUAAUUCAGUUUUUAAAACUUAAUGUUCCUGAAUAAAUAUAUCAACUCAAACUUUAAUAGUAAAUUAAAAAACCUGUUGAGAAAAAUGCACAUAGAUGUUGUUGGUCGUAAGGAUGAUUGCUUGUUUCCACCUACUAUAGUUUUCUACAGAAGAAGUUUACUUAUUCUACCAGGCAAUCUUUAAGAAAUUAUCUAUAUUUACCAAAAAUAAAUUUGGACCAAAUUUGCAAAAGAUCUUUUAAAUUUAUCGGUACUAUUUCUUGGAAUGUCUUACCUCCUGUUAUUAAAGAAUGUAAAACAUUAUCUAUGUUUUGCAAUAAUCUGAAACGAUGUAUAAUUGCUUUUUAUAACACAAAUGACUUGUAUUUAAAAAGAGCGCUUCUAUACUAAUUGAUCAUGAAUAUUUGUUUAUUCCUUUCUAAGAUUCUACUUGUAUUCUUCAUAAAUGAAUUGUCAUUUAAACAGGGCAUCCUCUAGAUUUGACUACUACUGUAAGAUGCUCUGUCAAACUUAUUAUUAUGUAUUGUAUCUCUGAACAAAUUUCAUGUUGAUGAUUUACUUUUUAAUAAAAAUGUAUGGUUA